UAAUUACUUCCUCCACAUCUCCAUACUCCAAAUUUCCAUUACACCCCCGAGAAUCUCGGCCACCCUUUUUUUCUUCAUAACAUCACAUCUUCCUCCUCAUUCUCCCUUCUUCUCUUCCCCCCCCCCCCCACUAAACCCCCGACCCCACCACACCAUGUGCAUCUUCUCCUCCUUCUUCUUCCUCUCCACCUCUCAUUUUCUCUCUCCUCACCUCUCUUCCUUCUUUCCUUCUCUCCUCUAAUGGCGGACCCCACCUCCCCUCCUCCUCCCAUGGACGGUGAGCUCGCCGAGAAUCUCGACCUUGUAAUUUCCGACGUUGUCAGAAUCUCCAGUAAUGGCGGAUUCACCGAUUUGUUUAAGAAAGAUUGCACUGAUUUAGGCCGUAGAAUUUCUUUGUUAUCUCAUUUGGUUGAAGAGAUCCGUGAUUAUACACCUCAUUCUUCGGAAUCUGUUGCUGCUGCUUCUUCUUCAUCUUCCUCUUUUUUCGAUUUGUUUCUCUCUCUUCAAGAUUCUAGAAGACUUCUUUUGGCUGCUUCCAGCUUCGAUCCCAAUGAAGAUGGUGCCACCAAGAGAAUUGCGUUUCAGUUUCAGUGCGUAACGUGGAAACUGGAGAAGGCGUUAGCAAACAUUCCGUAUGAACAGUUUGGUGUUUCGGAGGAGGUUCAGGAGCAGGUUGAGUUGGUUAGAACGCAGCUGAAACGAGCUACUGAAAGAUAUGGCGGUCCACUCAGUUGUAGCAAAAUCAGUCGCGCUGCAUCUCAGCCUCUGCUAAAUGAAUUGGAAAUGCUGCAAUCAGGCAAUAAAGGGUUUGAUUGUUUGCAUUUGGGUAGUAUAGGUAAUAUUGAUCAGGAAUUUAAACGGAAGGUCAAGAAUGGUAGACCAGGGAAUUCUUCAACGAGUGAUUCCCAUGAAGUCUCACUAAGGGUGGAAGUUUCCUCUACGUCAGCAUCUGUUUGUGCAUCUAAUACUGCUGAAGAAGGAGAUGAAUAUUCUGUCGAAAAUCAAGAUGAAAGCAGUAAACCGGAGUCUGUAUCGAUUCCUGAAGAUUUCCUCUGUCCGAUUUCUCUUGAAAUAAUGAGAGAUCCUGUUAUUGUGGCUACAGGACAGACCUAUGAGCGAUCUUACAUACAAAGAUGGAUUGAUUCUGGCAACAUGACUUGUCCAAAAACUCAACAAAAACUCGUACACAACACUCUAACACCAAAUUAUGUCUUAAGAAGUUUGAUUUAUCAAUGGUGUUCUAAGAACAAUAUUGAGCAGCCAACUGCCUUAAUGACUGGUAAAAUUAAGAAGAGCGAUGGGUCAUUCCGUGAUGUAAGUGGAGAUAUUGCAGCGAUUCAGGUCCUUGUGCGUAAGCUUUCUAGCAGAUUGGUAGAUGAACGUAGAGGCGCAGUGGCAGAAAUCCGGUCCCUUUCUAAAAGAAGUACAGAUAACAGGAUACUGAUAGCAGAAGCAGGAGCUAUCCCUGUCCUGGUAAACCUAUUAACAAAUGAUGAUGCACUAACCCAAGAGAAUGCAGUUACAUCCAUUCUCAACCUUUCUAUUUAUGAAAAUAACAAGGAACUAAUAAUGCUAGCGGGGGCAAUCCCGUCCAUCGUACAAGUCCUCCGCAAUGGGAGCAUGGAAGCGAGGGAAAAUGCAGCGGCGACCCUUUUUAGCUUGUCGCUUGCAGAUGAAAACAAAAUAAUAAUUGGUGCUUCUGGAGCGAUACCAGCAUUGGUAAAUUUGCUCCAAAACGGAAGUCCCAGAGGAAAGAAAGAUGCUGCUACAGCACUUUUUAAUUUGUGCAUAUAUCAGGGUAAUAAAGGCAGAGCUGUGAGAGCUGGGAUAAUUGCAGCAUUGAUGAAGAUGCUUACAGAAUCUGAUGGUGCCAUGGUAGAUGAGGCUUUGACAAUACUUUCCGUUCUUGCUGGUCACCAAGAGGCUAAGCUCGUCAUUGUUAGGGCCUGCACAAUACCCGUUUUGAUUGAUCUUUUAAGAACAGGUCUCCCAAGGAACAAGGAGAAUGCUGCAGCUAUUCUGCUUGCGUUGUGUAAGAGAGAUAUGGAGAAUCUCACGUCUUUGAGUAGGCUAGGUGCCGCCAUACCUUUAACAGAAAUUACUAAGAGUGGCACAGAGAGAGCAAAGAGGAAAGCCACUUCAUUAUUGGAAUUGCUAAAAAAGCUGCAGCAACAACAGAAUUAAAUUGUGUUGUUUCUUUUUUACCCUCAAUUUGCUCCUUUCUUUCUUGUUUGUCAAUUACAUGGUUUCUUUCGAGAUCUAGAAAUUGCGAGCUCUACGCAUGAGAAUGAAAAGCCAUUCUCUUGUUGUUGUAUUUUGUAUUUAUACCUUUUUACUUGGUGAAGGUGUGAAGGAAAUUCAAUUCAUCUGUUAUUUGUAAUCAAUUCUUAUACGAAGCUAUUGCUUACAUCUUUAAUCAAUAAUUGUAGAUACAGUUUUUUACUGUUUCUUUUUCUUCU